AAGGGAGGAGGGGGGCAUAGCUGGAGCUGAGAAGGCGCAGGAAGAAUCCGGCACUCGCCAAGUUGGGGACUAGAGAGAAGCGAAGGCCUAGAGUGCAGAGGAGGGAAGGACAGAAGGAAGAGGUGGAGGCGGGACAAAAGCGAGGAGCGGGGGCAGUGCGGAGCAGGCUGGCCGGACCGCGCUCUGGGGAGCGCCCCCAUGGCUCUGGCCGGUUGCAGGGCGGCACUGGCCCGGCUAGUGCUGCUGCCGCUCGCCCUGGCUCCUCUGCGGGCCGGCCCGGGGAGCGCGCACCCUCAGUGCCUGGACUUCAAGCCCCCAUUCCGGCCGCCGCGCCCACUGCCCUUCUGCGAGCAGUAUUCGGCCUUCGGCUGCUGCGAUGCAGAGCAGGAUGCCGCACUGAGCCGCCGUUACUGGGCUGUGACCAGCCGCCUGGAGCCCGACACCUUCGCGGUCUGCGCCGCCUACGUGCGCGACCUGCUGUGCCAGGAAUGCUCUCCAUAUGCUGCACACUUGUUUGAUGCAGAGGACCCAUCCACACCUCUCCGGACAGUGCCUGGGCUCUGUAAGGACUACUGUGUAGAUGUAUGGCACAAUUGCAGAACUAUAUUCCGUCAUCUCUCUCCAGACCCAGAAUUAUGGGCCCUGGAGACUAAUCGGGCCAAGUUUUGCCGCUACUUAUCACUUGAUGAUGUUGACUACUGUUUUCCUCGCCUACUGGUCAACGAGAAUCUGAAUGUGAACCUGGGUCAGGUGAGGGCUGACACAGAAGGCUGUCUGGAGCUCUGUCUGGUGGAGGUGGCCAACAGGCUCCGGAACCCCGUGGCCAUGGUACAUGCCAAUGACGGCACUCACCGCUUCUUUGUGGCUGAACAGGUGGGGCUGGUCUGGACUUACCUCCCCAACCGUUCAAGAUUGGAGAAGCCAUUUCUGAACAUCAGCGAGGCUGUGCUCACCUCUCCUUGGGAAGGUGAUGAGAGAGGCUUUCUUGGAAUUGUCUUCCACCCUCAGUUUAAAGAUACUGGGAAAGUCUAUGUGUACUACUCUGUGGAGAUCAGUUACGAGGAGAUGAUCCGCAUCAGUGAGUUCAAGAUUUCCCCUGAUGACAUGAAUACUGUGGACCACAGAUCUGAAAGGAUAAUUUUGGAAAUUGAAGAACCAGCAUCUAACCACAAUGGAGGACAACUGCUCUUUGGAGACGAUGGAUAUCUUUACAUCUUCACUGGGGAUGGAGGAAUGGCAGGAGAUCCAUUCGGGAAGUUUGGAAACUCACAAAACAAGUCAUCCUUACUUGGCAAAGUAUUGCGGAUUGAUGUGAAUCACAAUGACCGAGGGCCUCUGUAUAGAAUCCCUCCCGAUAAUCCUUUUGUUGGCGACCCAUCGGCCCGACCAGAAGUCUACGCCUAUGGUGUGCGGAAUAUGUGGCGUUGCUCCUUUGACCGAGGCGAUCCCAUCACCAAGGAAGGGCAGGGGAGGCUCUUCUGUGGAGAUGUUGGCCAGAACAAAUUUGAAGAGGUUGACAUCAUAGAGAAAGGGAAGAACUAUGGAUGGAGGGCCCGGGAAGGCUUUGAAUGCUAUGACAAAAAACUAUGCGCCAAUUCUUCACUAGAUGAUGUUCUUCCAAUCUAUGCAUAUCCACACAAAAUGGGAAAGUCAGUCACAGGAGGCUAUGUCUACCGGGGCUGUGAGUCCCCUAAUUUGAAUGGACUAUACAUAUUUGGGGAUUUUAUGAGUGGGCGCUUGAUGUCACUCAGGGAGAACCAGGCCACCAGACAGUGGCAGUACAGUGAGAUCUGCAUGGGGCGUGGGCAGACAUGCAUGUUUCCAGGCAUGAUCAACAACUAUUAUCAGUACAUCAUUUCCUUUGCUGAAGAUGAGGCAGGGGAACUUUACUUCAUGUCUACUGGAGUGCCAAGCGCUACAUCUGCAAGUGGAGUCAUUUACAAAAUGGUUGACACCUCUAGGAGAGCUCCUCCGGGCAAGUGUCAGAUCAAGGCAGCCCCAGUGAAAGUGAAGAGUCGAAUCAUCAGCUUUGAACCUAAGGAGAAGUUCAUCUCCAAAACCGUAACUGCGAGGCCUAAGCCGCGAAACACCACCAAAGCCCCACGACGGAGCACUUCCACAGCCCGGCCCACACCUCCUUCCACCCCUGACUGGGCUGAGCAGAUUUUGCAGCUCCUCCGAAACCGCUCAGCGACCCCGACCACACCUAUUCUGACCUCUACCCGGCGGCCCUCUGGCCGGAGAUGGGGGAGGAGAAAGGGAAGGCCCACCACAGCCUCCCCCCCACUCCGAAAUGGGGCCGUCCGACUGCUCACCCACCAGUCCCCAGGUCGGGACCGGGGCCGCGUGGAGAUCUAUGUGGGCAGGCGCUGGGGUACCAUCUGCGACGAUGUGUGGGACUCCAAGGCUGCGGCCGUUGUCUGCCGCCAACUGGGCUUCCCCUACGUGGUCAAGGCGGCCAAGAGGGCAGAGUUUGGUGAAGGCCGCUCCCUGCCCAUCCUCUUGGACGACGUGCGCUGCACGGGCCGGGAGAGAACCCUGCUGGAGUGUUCCCAUGCUGGGGUGGGCAAACACAACUGCGACCACAAGGAGGAUGCAGGCGUGAUAUGCAGCCAUCGAGAUCCUGACUUAUAGACACUGGGGGGGGGGGUGCCCUGGAGCUGACGCUGAGGGCUGAAGGGGAUGAGAAGUGGCCUUGUGGGCUAUUUUGCACUGUGCAUGUGUGUAUGUACAUAUGUGCCCAUAUGGGCAAAUAUGUGUAUUUGAGAUUUUCCUCCCUCUUUCCCUUCCUUCUUCCCCUUUCUCCCUACCUCCUUCCCUCCCUUCUCUUCCUCCUUUCCUCUCUCUCUCCUUUCCUCCCUUCCUCCUUUCCUUCCUUUCUUCUUUCCUUCCUUCCUUCCUCCCUUCCUCCUUCCCUCCUUUCCUUUCUUCCUUCCUUCCUUCCUUUCCCUUCUCUUUCCUUCCCCUUCUCUUUCCUUCUUUCCUUCCUUCCUUCCUUCCUUCCUUCCUUCCUUCCUUCCUUCCUUCCUUCCUUCCUUCCUUCCUUCCUUCCUUCUUUCCUUUCUUCUUCCCUCCCUCCUUUUGUCCCUCUCCUUUUUCCUCUCAAUACUCAGAGCAACAGCAGGGCAAAAUUUGGAAAGUCAACGCUCAUCACUCAAGUUUGGCAAGGUACAGAAUUGGAGUCAUUUGUUUUUCUCAGCUACGUUAUUAAAAGGCUAGUGUAUGGAGUGACAAAGAAGGAUUUUGCCAUCUUCUAUUCUGUUUGUACCAUAUGUGGAUAUUUUGUUCAUUUACAUCCAUUUUAAGAGGGAUUUUGAUAGACUAGAGUGAGAGAGCUGUGGCGAGGAUGAAGACUGGAGACUAGACCAAUGAGAACCAUUUGAAAUAGCUGUAGGUGGUUUGUAAGAAGAAGAAAAGAUAUAAGGGCGAUUUGAUUGCUUUCUUCAAAUAAUUAAGGAACUAUCAUAAGAAAGAAAAAAAAGAUAAAUUCUUUGUGACUCCAGAAUAGUGUCUGGAAAACAGUAAUUAUUUAAUAAAUUCUUGCUGAUUAUCUGAGUGUUGACAGACUCCAGAAAACAGAAUAAGUAUAAAUGAAGGAAGGACAAUUUUGGGUUGCUAUCAAGAUCUUUGUUUCAAUAUACAAUCUUAUCAUUGAAGCCAUCUAAUAAUGGAAUGGGGUGACUUCUGUGAUAGUGAAUUCUCCAUCACUGGAAAUGAUUCAGAAACUAGACAGGCAUCUGUUAAGGAUGCUAUAAAGGUCCUUUACUUCAGUUGAACAAAUCAUUUGCUAAAUGCCUGCUCAAUGGGUCCCUAGGCUGGAUAUUGGAAAUAUGAGAAUAAAAAUGAACAGUUCUUGCUCUUCACAUUCUAUUGGAGUUCUCCUAUUAGAUAGAGAUCCUUGUUAAUCCUACAAUUUUUUGAACAUCAUAUCAAAAAGCUCCAGUCUAGUAUAUAGAGUAAAAAGUUAUUGUGAACAAAACUGGUUCCUCUUUAUGUGACCAUAGGAAAAUCACAACCUCUCCAUGCUUCAGUUUCCUUAUUUAUAAAAAUAAAAGAGUAUAUAAGGUCCCUUCUAGCUCUAAAUCCUAUGGCCCUAUAAAUCAGGUAGUCCCAGUCCCUACCCAUGAGCACUGACCAAGUAAAGCAGUCAUAACUUCAUAUUUUAGAAUGUAAACUCAUUUCAAGUAGGGAUUGUUUAGUAGUCACUUAAUAAGUUCUUCCUUAUUGGUUGAUUGAUUGAAUAGUAUUCUAUGAGCUUCCUCUUUCCUCUGAAUGAAAAUUACUCGUAUGAGGUGGACCAAGCUUGGCCAAGAGAUAUGAGAAACAGUUUCUGCUUCCUCUAAUGCAGGUAAAUGAGAAACCUUUACCACAGAAAUUAUAUAUUUGCCUUGACUAUUCCUGAUGUCUUCAGAUCCAGCUUCAGAAACUAUUGGGUGGGACAAGCACUAUGGUAGAAUGGUUUUCCUUUGUGAUUGUGAAUUUUUCACUUCCCUAAACUCCAUUUUUUAAACUUUCAAGUGAAAGAACUAAACUAAAUGAGAUGACUCUAGCAGUUGUAUCUAUGGGGUUACUUCUAAGUUAGUAAAUUCUCCAUCACUGGAAAUGAUUCAAACGGAGACUGGACAGGCAACUGUUAGGGAUGCUAUAGACGUCCUUUAGUUAAACUGAACAAAUCAUUUGCUAAAUGCCUGCUCUAUGGCUUUGAUUCUGAGGUUGCUUCCCACUCUGAUAAUCUGUUUUAUGAUUCCAAGGCUCCUUCUGACAUUGACGUUCUGAAGUCCUAUGGAAUAUCAGAAAGGGAAGGAAGUAUUGGCUGAAGUAUUCCUACCUUAAAUGCUAUAAGUUGAAUAAGAGUCUCAGGAAGCUACUCUGUACUAUCCCUGCUGAGCCAGCACCCUUUGGAAUCCAAUUAAUCCAUCAAUAAACCACUUAUUAAAUACCUACUUUGUCCCAAAUGCUGGGGAUAGAAAUACAAUAAUGAAACAAUUCCUUUUUGGAAGGAAAUGAAAUUCUAGUAGAGGAGUUCUUUUUACUCUAGGGAAAGGAGGAGAACAAUCAAAUUAACUUGAGAAUCUGGCCUUUUGAUGACAACUUAUGAAGUAUGAAAUUAUCAUAUAGACUUCCUGAAAUCUUCUGUAGAACCAUUGAUUAUUAUUGUUUAGUAAGUUUAGUACCUUUAGUACUAAAGUUUAGUAAGCACCUCUUGUAUGAAAAAUACUUUAUUAGAUGGUGGAGGAGAUAUAAAAUUUAAAUAAAACAUGGCCCAUGGCUAUAAGGAACUUGUCUGGUAUGGGGAUACCAGUGCAGUAAGGGGAAAAGUAAUAUAUCUAUAGUUAGCAUCUUCAACUUUAAGGAUCGGUAAUUUUUUGGGGAGGGGGGCAUAUUCCCUCUAUUACUGUGGAUCCCACUAAUAGAUGAUUUUCAUGAGUUGCCAUGGCUAAAAAAUGCAUUAUUCUGUGAUGAGCCUAGUGUUAUGCCUCUCUAAAAAUAGAUCAUCACAUUAAAUGUGCAUCAAAAAUUAAAGUACUAUCUCCUUGGAAAAGGUCAUCUCUUGGGAAACAGGGAGUCAAUUUGAGUUAGGCUUUAAAGGAUUUAACAGGCAAAGAUAGAGAGAAAAGACAUUUUAUGCAUGGGAAAACAGCAGGAAGAUAUGGAAGUCUGAGAGAGAUUUUUAUAGUUCUAGAGAUUUGUCUAAUUUUGCUACAGCAUAGACCUUCCUUGGAAGACUUUUAGCUAGUUCUCUCCUUUUACAAAGAGAAGGGCAAAGAAAGCUCAAAGUUACAUAGCAGAUUCUAGCACCAAAAUUUUCUGACUAAUAUUGCCUCUUUCUCCAGGACAUUCAGUCUAAAAAGACCUGAUCCAAAUUAGUUUUACAUCACAGUUUGGCAUGUCCUUGUGACAGGAAACUGAGAUGGGUCAAUAAAUUUCUCCAGGCUUUGUCAUGGCAGUCUAUGAGACUGGAUAAUUGGACUAUGACCCCAACCAAAUGUUUCCCUGUGUCUGAGGGCUCUGCCAAAAUCUGAGCUUCAGAGAACAGAAUGUAUUGGGAGCUGGGAAGAGAUGUCAUCUUUGUUGCCGUAUUGCAACAUGCCCCUCAUAAAUGCUGAAUACUUGAAUCUGCUUUGUCUUUUAUUGUUUCAUUGAGUGCUUUGGUUCUUCUUCUUUGAAAGUAUUAUAAGCAAUAAUUCUAUUCUCCAUACCAGAAUUAGCUGCAUGUAUUGAUGGACAGGACAUUUUGGAAAUACAGUACAAAACUGAAAAACUGUAAAAAUAUAAGAUCAUUAAUUCUUAGAAUGUCUUAUAGUGAGAUCCUCAGACUAACUCUGUGUGGUAGGUAAUACAGAUAUCUGAGUUCACACUGCAAGUAAAGGGUGUAGUUUAGACUUUAUAUCCACAUAAACACAUAUCUUUUGAUUCCAAAGCCAACACUCCUGCCACAUCAUGAAACUUUUGCAAAUAGUAACGCAUUAUAUGUAAAACAUCUUUUUACCUCCUUUUAGCAACAAAUAGCUUCCAUUUCCAUAAUCCUUUACUAUUAACAGAGUCCUACAAAAUAAUCUUGAAGUAUCCUAUACGAGGAUUAUUAUUUAUAGUUUGUAGAUGAAGAAAUUGAAGCUCAGAGAGAUAAAAUGCUUUACUCAUGGUUACCCAGAGCUGAGACUCAAAACCCAGGGAUUCUGACUUUUUCUAGUGUUCUUUCUAUAGGUUUCCUUACCUUAUUCUUCCUUUUCCUGGUACAAUUCUCCAUCUUCAUCUUCAGUAAUUUAUGCCCCAUUUGCUGCCCCAUCGUUGCACAAAGACCCUUUCAAUGGUACACUCAUCCUCUGCUUUCUAUCCCCCAAGUAGUAUCCUAUGCUUCUGAUCCAUACUCCCCAAAUCAUCUGGCUUCCAAUUCAGUGUCUUUUCACUCCUUUCUCUCUGAUUUGUAGUUAAAGCAGCUGAGUUCAGAUUAACUUACUGUGAUCUUGGGCAAGUCACUUAGGAAAGCCCUGAUCUGAGAAAGAUCUGAAGUCAGAAGAUCUGAGUUUGAAUUCUACCUUUAUCUCUUCACAUGCAGUAAAAAUUUACUAAUGAGGUAAUUAAAUGAAGCAUACUACAAAAGAGAUUCUAGAUGUGACUUUUUGUUGUUGAAUCAUUUCAGUCAUGUUCAACUCUUUGUGACCUCAUUUGGUAAUUUUUUUUGGCAAAGAUACUGGAGUGGUUUUCCUUUUCCUUUUCCACUAAGUGUGAUUAGUAACUCUUUAGAUAUGUUAUUGAAUUUGCCAUGACUAAGUAUUUAGUCACUAUAAUAUUUUCAGCUAAAAUUCCUAUUGGAUCUUUUGUCUUUGAGACACCCUUUUAAAGCUUCACAUUCAUUGUGCAAUCUUUUUCAUAAUUCUUAACUAAGCCUUUUAAAUAUUUAUUUUUACUUUUAUAAAGUAAUGGUGUGAGAAAUAUCAUUUGAAAUUUUGUUAUUGAAAUAAACACCUAAUUUGAUUUUAUUAUAAGAGCUAGGAGUGAUCUUUGGCAAGUCAUUUAACUUUCCUCAAUGGGCUUCAUCUAUACAAAUCCAAGGGUAUUGGAUUAAUUGACCUGUAAAAAAGGAAUCCAAAAUUCUAGAUUGGUGAUCUUGAUGGGACUAAGUAUUUCAAUUUGUGGUGAACUAUUUGCCAGUACCCUUAUCUCUUUCACAUUAUGCGUGUUAGGGCUUCCACCCCUCGCAAUCUGGAAAAUCCAAGUAAAAUGUUUUUUGGUCUUCCCUUCAUAACAGAGAAAAGUCUGAAUUAUUAUGAUAUUAAAAGAUAAAAUGUGUUGAUGUUAUACAAUACAAUAUAUAUGUAUCUUGAGUUUCUAAACUUCUGUGUUGUCUACUAGCCUUUGUAUACUAUGUGGCUUCUGUAAAACUCCCCCAAUAUUUCCAUUUAAUUUCUUAUGCCAACUCAUGAUAUAUCAAAACUGUGAUGGGGAAAAUCACAAUGUGAAAGGGAUAACUGUAGUUCUAAACAAAUUCAGAGAUGUCCUUGGGAAGAUAAGGCUUUGAUCCUGAAUUAAGAUGAUCCUUCACAGCAAGGAGGGGAGAGUCCUACAUAUAUAUACAGAGGCUUAGGAUGGCUGACCCAAGCUUGGUUUAGAAACAGUCUUUUCAAAAAACUAAAGUCUUGUGAAAUGAUUUCAAGGAACGUAUGAAGGGUGAUAGUGCUUACGUUUUAGAACUCUAGAAAAAAGUCUCAUUAAAUACUGGAAGGGGCAGCUAGGUGGUACAGUGGAUAGAGCACCAGCCCUGAAGUCAGGAGGACCUGAGCUCAAAUCUGGCCUCAGACACUUAAUGCUUCCUAGCUGUGUGACCCUGGGCAAGUCACUUAAACCCAAUUGCCUCAGCAAAAAAAUAAAAAUAAAGCCUGGAAAAUAGUGUGAAAAACUUAUGCAAGGAAAGAGUGGGAGACUGAAAGGAAAAAGAGUAGAGAAGAUAUGCUUAAUUAUAGGAAGGCCUUGGAACCUAGAGUAGGAGGUGUGUUGAAAAACAUGAUACAAACAGGCAUCCUUUGAAGGAGAAAUUGUUUUUAGUUCAAUCACGUCCAACUCUGUGAGCUCAUUUAGGAUUUUCUUGGCAAAGAUACUGGGAUGGUUUGUCAUUUCCUUCUCCAUCUCAUUUUGCAGAUGAGGAAAUUGAGAUAGGGUUAAGUGACUUGCCCAAGGUCACACAGCCAGCAAUUAUUUGAGGCCAGAUUUGAACUCAGGAAGAUGAGACUUCCUGAUUUCAGAACCCAUACUCUGUCCACGGCACCAUUUAGCUGCCUCAAAAUUGCUAGGUAUGAAUUUAACUUUGGCUAAUUAGGUUAGAGGGAGGCAGGUUCAGUUCUAUAGAGAGAAGAAUUUCUAAUCAGUACUGAUCUUCAGUGAAACUUGAGCUGUCUCAAAAGGAGCAGGGAGAAGGGUGUUUGUCCAAGAAGACUUUGAAUAGUGACUUGUGAAGGAUGCUGCUCAGAUUCUUAUAUCAGCAGGGGAUUAGACUAGAUGACUUCUUAGUACAUUUCCAACUCUUAUGUUUUAUAAUUCUGUAAGUCCCCUGGAUUGUAAAAAAAAAAAAAUUGUGAUAAGACUGAAUUUGAGCCAGUGCCUCAGUUUCCUAAUCUUUAAAAUGAAAUGUUUGAUACUUAUUUCCUUAAGCUCACAAGGACAUGAGGAUCCAAGGAGGUCAUGAAUAUGAAAAUGAGUUUUGAAAUGUAAAGCACUGCAUAAAAUCUGCUUCAAAUUAGGGAGGCUGCAUGACAUAGAAGAAAGAGUGCAUGGUUUAGAGUCAGAAGGCUGCUCUGGAAUUCUAACUGCUGCAUCCUCACUGUAUUAUCUUGAAUAAGUCACAAUUGCUAUGGGUGACUUUUACUAGAGUUAGAAUUGUUAGUCUUUUUUGAAAUACAAGCCUCUUUGGAAGUCUAGUAGAACCUAUGGACAGAUCUUUUUUUUUUUUUUUUCCAGAUAAUGUUUUUAAAUGCAUAAAUUAAAAUGCACAGGAUUAUUAAAAAAAAACAGUUGUCAAUUUUUAAUAUUAAAAAAGUUUGCAGACUCCAGGUUAAGAAUCCUUGCAUGAAAUAAUAAUAAUUAGCAUUUUUAUAACACUUUAGGAUUUGCAUUUUAUAAAUCUCUCAUUUUAUCCUCACAAAAACCCUUUGAGAGGGAGGAAAAGGGUAACAGAAUAAGACUUUCUCUAAUACUUAACUAUGUAAUAGACUCUAACCUAAGCGCUUUAUAACUUUAUCUUUUGUUAAGAAAUCUGAGAAAGAUAGAAGUUUAGUGACUUGACUUACUAAACAGCUAGUCACAGUGUUGCACAGUAAGUGUCUGAGAUUGAAUUUGGAUUUAGGUCUUCCAGAUUCUGGAUCUAGGGUUCUAUUCAUUAUAUCACCUAGAUUGUUUUCAAGUCCCUUAUAAUUAAGGAAUUAUGAUCCUAAAUGAACUGUAAUUUCAUAGGUAGAUGGCCCUUCUUCCACUGACAGAUUGUAGCUUCUCUGUACCUUGGUAUAUAGUUCAAGGAAGUGCUGUAGGGGAGGGGGAAUGCACUCAUUGGUAUCCAGUGAUGAAUAUCUGCUCUUGGCUUGGUUACUCCUCCAAUCAACACAGCAAAUUCUUUGUCGAGUCCAUAAUCAAGCUUAUGAUCCCCUAUCAAAGCCCAUGCUCACCUCCAAUCCACAAAGAGAUAUUAGAGGAAAACUUUAGGAAAGAUAAAAAGUGGAUUUUUAUUUCGUUUUAUAAUGGUAAACAUGGAAAAGAAGAAAAUAACUUAGAAUGAGUUUUUGAUUUAUUGUACAUUCAAAAAAUUGUUUUGACUGUGGUGAAUAUAUAUACAGUAACACAUUGUGAUAAUUCGUUAUUAUGAAUUAAUAAUUCACAUUUAUAUGUUGUUUAAAGAUUUACAAAGUGCUUUCCCCACAACAAUUCUGCCAGUCUUUUCUCACUGGGAUCUGUGACAAGUUAGGCAGGCUAGACUGAAAUGCAUCUUUAUACUAUCUGCCAAGAAAGGAUUUGCUGAACAAAUUAGUAACAAACCCAACUGUAAGAAUGUUUAAAUUACCUUAAAGAACUCAUUGUUGAAGUUACACUUUAUUUGAUAGAUAAAAUUUUAUAAAAUUGACUUGCUAAAUGCAAAUCACUAUUUAUUAACACAGACUUUAGUUUAGGAUCAUACUUUGUAAUUUAGAAUUGCAAUGAAUCUUCAGGUUAGUAGCUCUGGAUUCAUGUUAUUGUUUUUAAAAGGAUUCAUAAUUUAUUUCUUUUAAAAUAUUAGGCAAGUCAUUUAAUCCUGAUUGCCCCCCAAAAAGAAAAAAAUUCUCAAAUCCAGGCUUUUUUCUUGUGAUUUCUUUCCCAAGGUGAAUUGUAAAAAUCUUAGUAAUAAAAGGACUCUUUGA